CACUAGCUAGCAGCCUGGGCAGACGCCGCUGCCGCUUGCUCGCGACAGCAAGCACUUUAGUACGCACCACUGCGCGUAAUAGCAAGCCUCCAUAUACCUGAAAGACUGAGGGACAAGCAUCUGCUGCGCAGUGCCGCCCCGCAAAAACAGGCUGAGGACGUCGCCGGCGCCGCUUUACGCCGCGCGCGCAUAAGGAGCAGGAGCCGCCGUCGCCGCGAGACCACGAAGAAGAAACCAUGUCCGGCUCCCUCCUCGAAAGCGCGAGAAGCGCCCUCGAGGAGAUCGAGGCCCUCGAGGUCUUGGCGGUAGACACGCUCGGCCAGAAACCGUCUGGAGCGAAGGCGUCGAUGGAGCAGCAAGGAACAUUAAAAAAUGUGGUCGAGGGCAUGACCGCCGCCGCGUCGACCUUAGGUGCGUUACACGAUGAUAUUGGAGGCACGUUCGGAGGAGAGGUCGCGAAGAUGAGAGGUGUUGGUGUUUUUACGAACUUUUACGGCGCGCUCAAGGAGACGCGGGAGUACUACGCGCGGCACGGCGCCACGGCGGCGAUCGGCCAGCAGCAGGCCUCAAGUCAAGCGGCUGUAGCUCGUGCGAAACGAGUAGAAACAAAAUUCAGCGGCGAGGAGACGUGGGGCAAGUAUUUGGAUCUCAGCGCGAGGCAUCGGGAGUUCUGCAAUUUACCGAAUGCGCCCGUGGAUCUCGACUAUGUGACUUAUUUGAGGCAUCUCGGGUCGAAGCCUUUUUCCACCCAUGUCGCGGAAAGCAAGAAGACGCACGGCGGGUAUGUGCGCUACGCGGCGGCGAUGGAUGCUUACUUGACGGACUUCUGGGCGCGGACGCAGCCGCUCGUGCCUCUAGAACCGUUGUUGGCCGAACCCUUACGGGCCUUUGAAAAGUCCUACGCGGAAAAGAAUCAGACGAAUGGUGAAGCGCUGGACCUGCGGACGUUUCGGACCGUAGAAUCUUUAGAAGCUCUGGGCUUAGAUCGACUGAAACGGGCCCUCCAAGCCCUCGGGAUGAAGUGCGGCGGCGACGUCAAGGCGCGGGCAGCGAGGUUGUUUUCGGUAAGAGGCGUGCCCGUCGACAAGAUCGAUGCGAAGUUGAAAACGAAGAAGCGAGCGAGGGAGGAACCAACCGUUGAUCGGAAGUACCGCACGCUGCUGAACGACGCUAGAGUAGACGCGUUGUUGGACCAUCUGCGACCUGUCCUAGAUGCGACCACGCGACGAGCGGAGAGGAAACUCACUAGAACCAAAGAUGAAAUCGACGCCGAGGCCCGGGACGAGGAGUUCGGCAUCGUGCAGGCGGCGCCCGAAGAAGAGGAAUCUGAUGAUGAAGACCCGCUCGAUGCUCCCUUAUAUAACCCGAAGAACCUGCCGCUCGGCUGGGACGGCCGGCCCAUCCCCUACUGGCUCUACAAAUUGCACGGCCUCGACCAGGAGUUCAAGUGCGAGAUCUGCGGCGACGCGUCGUACUGGGGCCGGCGGGCCUUCGACCAGCAUUUUAACGAAUGGCGCCACUCGCACGGCAUGCGCUGCCUGCGCAUCCCGAACAGCGCGCACUUCCACGGCGUCACGAAGAUGGACGACGCCGUCGCGCUCUGGGAGCAGCUGCAAGAGAGGCACGAGGCCGAGGCCUUCAAGGCGGAGCGCGACGAGGAGUACGAGGAUAGCGACGGCAACGUGCUGAACCGAGCGACGUACGAGGACCUCGCGCGCCAGGGGAUGCUUUAAGUUAGACCUAUUUU